AUGCCUCCUAUGAUAAGAACAAACAUUGGACGGCGUACACGUAAUGCAAGAAAGAUUAAUGAAUUUAGACGUGCCCAUAAUACUCAGGCCAGCGCUGUACAAACGCCGCCUCAAAUUCGACAACAUGUUAUUAUAAGAAGAAGUUCAGAUGUAGCGUUGAAUCGCGCUGCUUUCGAAUACGAUUCCGCAUACGCUUACAAAGAUCUUUUGUGUGUUGAUAUCGGCUCAUUAUAUAUCGUAUGCCAGCAUUGCAAGGCAUUGAAGUUUCGAUUGGAAACCCCCGGCUUAUGCUGCGCUGGUGGCAAGGUUAAAUUACCGGACGGAUAUACACAGUUCAUCCACGCCAAGACGAAUGCUUCUAUCUUCGCUUACUUUUGGUGA